UGAAAAGUUUACAAAAUGUCUGCGCCCUUGUUCCCAUCUCUUGCUCCGAGAGAAGUUGACAAGCUUUGGUUCACUGUUGACAAGCCAUGUGAUGAUGAAAAUGAAUUGUCAAAAUUAGAAGAAGAAUACCAGUCAUGGCAUCAGAGUAUAGCUGACAAAGACAACAACAUUGUGCCAAUCGGAAAGACUUCAGAGCAUCUAGAUGAUGAUGAUGAUGAAGAAGAGGAUGAUGAGGGUGAUGAUGAUGAUGACAGCGACACCAACGAUGAUGGCAUGGACACCGACAUGAUGGAUGACAGGGAUUCAGCUGAUGAUGCAAGCACAUAUUGAUAAGUGUGGAUAUUAGUCCCGUGGUGUACAGUCCAGCUGGUCUGGUUGCAUCUCCUAUAUGACGAUGGAAGUUGUAUAGACUGCAGGAUUAGCUCUGGGAUGGCAGAUGAGGACUGGGAUGAAUCAUUGAAGACAUUUGUCACCACCACUGACAAGGAACUAUCUGUGACAUCAGUUGUCUUCACCCGUGGUUUGUCUAGAGAGCCGCAUUUUAUACAUCUGAGGUGAUUCCAGGGCUGAAGAGGUCUCAGUACCCUAUGCUUGUCUUUCAGAACAUCUGAAGUGGGUAUUGGAUGGUCAUAAUGCCCUUGGGGGCACAUGUGGCCAAGACGUAAGGUGCCACAUAUUGCUCUGCAGAGUUGCCUCCCUUGAGCAUGCCAAAAACCAAUGUUCAGUUCAAAUCCCAGUUGGCCCGAUUAUGUUCCUAGGUUUGUCAGCACCAUACCCAUGCACGUGGGUUUCAUCAAAGUUAUAAAUGCCUGAGACAUUCAUCACUUCGGGCUUUCCUCAUGCAUAAAGCUGACACACCAUAUAACUGGACUACUAUUCAAAGCGACAUUAAACAACACUUUCUCACUCAUUUUGCCCUUUUUGUGUGAAUAGUCCAUAGAUGGAUGUCAAUACUGAGUCUUUGUGUGGCUUGGACGGCUGCUCACACUACACCCACGUUUACUACUCCUGGGUAGACACAUGUUUAACUCAACUAGUCCACAACUUAAUUCAUUUUAGUGUAACAGAACUAGAUUUGGUGAGGCAACCAUUGAUUCUUCCUACUUUUAACAAGUCUCAGAUGUAACAGACUAGUGCUGAUGUCCUACAGCAGCCCUGUCUGGACUUGACCUGCAGGCGGCUGUAAUACAGCUGUAAUAUUGAUGUAAUACAGAUGUAAUAUUGCUGACUAUAGCAACAAGCUCAUCUAGGACAGCAUGAAACAGACUGAAUACAGACACAGGCUCAUCCUUCAGUACUGUACAAGAGGGGCCGCCUACGUGGUCUAGUGGUAGAGCGUCCGCCUGGAGAGCGGAAGGUCCGGGGUUUGAUCCCCGACCGCGUCAUACCAAAAGACGUGAAAAGAUGGUACUUGUUGUUACCCUGUCUGGCGCUCGGC